AUGGAGAAUGAAAGAAACGUGACUGAAUUUAUUUUAAUGGGUCUUACACAAAACCCCCAAAUGCAGAAAGUAGUGUUUGUGACAUUUUUGGUUCUGUACAUGAUAACGUUAUCAGGAAAUCUUCUCAUUGUGGUCACCAUUAUCAAUAGCCAUGCCCUAAAUUCCCCCAUGUACUUCUUCCUGAGUCACCUUUCUUUGAUAGAUACAAUUUAUAUGUCUUCUUCAGCUCCUAAGCUGAUUAUGGACUCCCUGCAAGAGAAGAAAGUCAUCUCCUUUAAUGGAUGUAUGGCUCAAGUCUAUGCAGAACACAUUUUUGGUGCUGUUGAGAUCAUCUUGCUGACAGUGAUGGCCUAUGAUCGCUAUGUGGCUAUCUGUAAACCUCUGCACUAUCUGACCAUCAUGAGCCACAAGAUGCUAUGCAUGCUCUUGGUGGGAGUAGCUUGGACUGGAGGAUUUCUCCAUGCAACUAUCCAGACCCUCUUCACAGUCUGGCUACCGUUCUGUGGCCCCAACGUCAUAGACCAUGACACUCAUACUCUUGGUGUCUUUAUUGCUGCUAACAGUGGGUUCAUCUGCCUAUUCAACUUCCUCCUCUUGAUGGGAUCCUAUGUGGUCAUCCUGCGUUCCUUAAAGAAUUGCAGCUUAGAGGGGAGGCGCAAAGCCCUCUCUACCUGUGUGUCUCACAUCACAAUAGUCGUCUUAUCCUUUGUACCCUGCAUAUUUAUGUAUCUGCACCCG